CUUUCAUUCACGUGAUCAAAACAUAAUCAUGGCGGUCUCCGCUGGAGUUCGGUCGAGCGUGGGGCUGACUUUGAGACUUUCUAGAGUUAUACCAGAUUGUAGCACAUGUCCUUUCAACAGGUUAAAUAGUUAUUUGAAUGGUAUAGCUAGUUCGUCGAAUGUUGAUCGUUUUCGGACGUUGAACCGACACUUGCAGACAUCCAAAGGUCUGUACCACAGUGAGGCGGGUGCAAGUGCAGAAGACCCCCAAGAAGAGGUGGUGAAUGUGGUGUACAUAGAUAGAUCAGGACAGAGGAUUCCAGUGAAGGCCAAAGUGGGAGACAAUGCAAUGUACCUGGCCCAUAGGCACAACAUUGAACUGGAAGGAGCUUGCGAGGCAUCACUAGCUUGCUCAACGUGCCACGUGUAUGUGAACAGAGACCAUGUCGACAAGCUACCAGAGCCUGACGAAAGAGAGGAUGACAUGCUGGACAUGGCCCCAGCGCUACAGGAGAACUCCAGACUUGGCUGUCAGAUCAUCCUCACCCAGGAGCUGGAGGGCAUCGAGCUUACCCUGCCUAAGGUCACCAGGAACUUCUACGUGGACGGCCAUGUUCCCAAACCACACUGAGGACACUACACUCCACACUAGCACCCUACUUAGUGUGAAGCAAUGUAUUGGGCAUGGAUGCUUAAGUAGUAUGGAUGUUUACACUCCACACUAGCACCCUACUUAGUGUGAAGCAACGUAUUGGGCAUGCAUUCUAAGUAGUAUGCUAGUAUGGAUGUUGGAACACGGCCCCUCAGGACUGAGUCGAAAGAGAGAGUCGCUUGAAGGAUCCCUCCCAAGUCAAGAAUGCUCUUACAUAUCCACAUGACUGUGUGACCGAAGACAAAAGCUAUAUACCAGUCACUGGCUGCAUUUAGACAGCGCCCCUGAUGGGAUUGGUCAAAAGACCAAUUAGUGGAAAAAAUAUCAGAAUUGGGCUGCCUGUGUAAACACAGCCUCUGAAGUGUGUUGUAUUUGGCUCACACUGAAAGUAAUGCUGAUUGUGGAAGAGUUAGAUGGUUUUCAGCAUUCAUGUAUAAAUAUGUCAUGUGUAUAGAAGAGUUCUCAGGCCAAGAUUGAGAUGUCUAUCAAACCGUUCAAUGUCACAAACAGUUCUUUGUUCAUAGUAACGGAGUCAGCAUUUCAGAAAGGCCUGUUGUCAUUGCUAUGCAAAUAACUUUGUCCUUGAAUAGAACAUUCCAUGUUACAACUCAUUUACAAAGGUCAACAUACACACAUCUCAGGUGGAGCUUCCAAAUAGUCUUGUCUCUACAAUAACAGCACUCGCAUACAGCUAAUGAACAGGAUGUUAUGUGUACGUAUACAUAGCUUUCACCAUUAUAUCUACUUUGGGCCAGUUUCUAGGAAUUCUACUCUUGUGGGUGUGUGGUGAUUAGUCAAGACCGUAACAAGCCCAUCCACAACACUGAAAGCCCUUUCCCUACAUAAAGCCUGUCAGGAAUCAUUAACCGUCUCUGAUGUAGCACUUUUGCAGUGUGUUUUGUAAGCAGAGGGCAGCUUGAGA